AUGGACACCUUACCAGUGGAUCGUAUCGUAUCUGACCCAAGUCAUGGAUCACUACAGGAAGUUUCUAUGUUUAUUGUGACAUGGAUACUGAUUUUAGGAGGCUGGACGAACCCAAAGGAUUACUUUUUCAAACCUUGGGCAGAUUACAAAGUAGGAUUUGGAGACAUUCAGAAGGAAUUCUGGUUAGGGGACUCAUUCUGUUACCACAACGAGUUCAGGUUUACCACAAAAGACAAUGAUAAUGAUAUUGAUGAUUUUAAUUGCGCCCAAACCUUUAAAGGAGCUUGGUUGUACAAGAAUUGUCACGGUUCCAAUCUUAAUGGACUCUACCUGAACGGUAAACACGAAAGUUAUGCUGAUGGCGUGGAAUGGAGCGAUUGGAAAGGACAGAAAUACUCCCUUCCAGACGUGGAGAUGAAGAUUCGAUCCCUGUUCUAAGUCCUCUGUAACACAUUAGUAACAAUAACCAAUGUAAUUUUCUGUUACAAACACGUCAUUGAGCUAUGGUUCUACUUCACUUCUGUUUUUCCAUAAUUACGAGAUUAUUAAAAACUU